UGAAUUGUGAUAAUGUGAUCUGUCAGUAAUUAAUAUUAUUUGCUGCAAUACUAAAUGUAAAAAAAAUAUCCUUUGCGUUUUUCAGUUGCUUUUCAUUAAACGUCCGUUUUGGCGAGUCUAUUUAAUAUCAGUGUUAUUGUGUUAAACAAAAUAGCGUACCUUAAUGAUUACUUUUUUGUUAAUGACGUUUUGGUUUUUUAAGUUAUUCAUAAGAGGGCGGUUGUAAUAAACCUAUUUUGUGGAAGAUUAGCUAAUUUGAAGAAAAGUCGUUAGCGUUAACGUACAAAUUAUGGAGUCAGAACAUCAACCUAAACUUAGUCCAAUAAGAGCCUUUCAAGUUCUCCAUGCGAGUAAUAUGGAGCCAGAAGAUGCAUACACAAGUCUCUCAGAGUACCAUGAUUAUGAACCAAGGUUAGAAUUUGAUGAUUCAGAGCUGACACAAGCCAGUGGCUUAGCUCCUUUGCCACCCGAAUUACUUGACAUUUCUGACGAUCUCCUCAAGCGUUCAGCAAGCGACGGUACCAUUGAAGAGAAUUUUGAAGAGGAACUUGGCAAAGCCCCUGAAGUGUACGGCGAGAUUGCGAAUUCUUCUCUUGAUGAUGACACCUUCUCUGAACUUGCGGGGACAGGUUUGGUAGAGGUAGUGGGCGAUGAUGAGAUCGGUCGAAGAAUAAUUGUGGUAUCGGCUUGUCGUCUCCCGUCGUCUAAGGAUCUACACCCAGACAAACUUCUAAGAUACCUCAUGUUUACUUUGGACAAAUAUGUAGAGCAGGAUUAUAGCGUCGUAUACUUUCACUAUGGCCUAACCAGUAAGAACAAACCACCGCUCUCAUGGUUAUGGAAAGCUUAUAAAGCCUUUGAUAGGAAAUAUAAAAAGAAUCUCAAAGCACUUUAUUUAGUGCAUCCGACAAAUUUCAUACGAAUUGUCUGGCAAAUGCUUAGGCCCGCUAUAAGUGUAAAGUUUGGAAGGAAGAUUAUGUAUGUGAAUUAUCUACACGAACUGCAACAACAUUUGAAUUUGGACAAACUUUGUAUACCAAAGCCAGUGUUAGAGUACGAUAAAUUGUUGCUAGCUAAGAAUCCUAGGGCUGCAGAAAUGGCUAGGCAACUAGCUGAAAAGGUAGAAGCGCCGCCCGAUGAGAGUGAUGCGAAGGCCGUCCAAAAGGAAAGUCUUUCUCCACCCCUGACUCAACAAUUUGGUGUGUCAUUGCAGUUUAUUAAAGAAAAUAAUACAAACAUGAUCGACUCCAUACCACCAGUUGUGAGGCAGUGCGUUGAAUUUCUUUCACAACCCGACGCCCUAGAAACCGAAGGUCUGUUUCGAAGAUCAGCAAACAUAUCAGUUAUAAAAGAACUGCAGAGAGCCUGCAACAAGGGCGAGCCGAUAUCUUUCAGGAACGAUCCCCACAACGCCGCAGUUCUACUGAAGACCUUCCUCCGCGAUUUGGAAGAACCACUGUUGACAUUCGACCUGCACGAGGAAAUACUGAAGUUUCAAACUUGGUCAAACCGUGAAAAACCUCGUCAAGUGAAAAUCCUCAUUCUGGAGAGGCUGCCCCUGGACAACUACAAGCUGCUUAAAUACAUCUUUCAAUUUUUAUGGAAGGUUCAAGAUAGGAGCUGCCUCAACAAAAUGACCAGCGGUAACCUAGCCGUGGUUUUUGGCCCGAAUCUUUCUUGGCCCCCUAAUGGUUUUAUGUCACUUCAAGCCAUUUCGCCAAUCAACGCUUUCACAGAUUUCCUCCUUGAAAACCAGAAAUCCAUAUUUAUAAUCUAGAUUCUCUGCCUGCUGCAGAUUGUCAAGUCAAUAAGGUCUGCGCGGUGAUUAUUAUACGGUUGGACCUACUUUAUUCGGCUUUAAUGUUGUUGAAUGCCAAAUACAAUUUAUACGUUUUAUAAAUUUUCACCUGAGAGUAGUGCAAAUUUUUAUAUUUAUGUAUUUUCCUAUCUCUUAAACAAAGGAAUAAAACAAAUAAUUAAUUGUACCUACAAUAACGAAUAACCAAAGCUGACAUCGAUCGAUCGGCUAGGGGGAGGGCCGGCCCACACGAGCCUUCCCGUCUGGGCUAAUAAUUAAACAUUUAUGCACUCGCUCCCGUGCCUUUAUUCGUCUCGCUUGCAUAUUUGCCUUUGAUUUAUCAAUUUUAAGGGAUAACGAAAAUGAACAGCGGUAUUUUAUACUAUCUUAAACAUUUGUUAGACUAAAAAUUGCUUUUUAUGCAUUUUAUUUUUAUGCAUAAAAUGUACAGAAAAAAACGUGACAAAGUCAUUUUUUGAUUUAACGGUGUUUUGAUAAAAUAUAUACACGCAGGUGGCAUUAAAUAAAUUAUCAAGAAAAUGCGUCUGUUACUUCAUAGGUACAUGAUUUUUUUUUUCUAAUUGGAAGAUAAUUUUAAUCUUUUAAGUGUAACAUAAAUACCAUGUCAAUUAUUUGAAUUAAAACAAUUUUUAUUAUAUUUUAACAAACAAUGGAUAUUGUUUAAUCGUUGUAACCGACCUUUAAGUAUUACUUAACUACAUGUACUCACGUAUAGACAAUUAUUAUAAUACGUCUGUCUGUACUUGAGCAACGAAUAAAUAAAAAUUUUAAACUUAAAACAAUUUUAAAAUGAUUUAAAUUUUACAUCCGUUUUAAAUGUAUCACUAGAGGAAUAUAAUUAAAAGGGAAAAUGUAUGCUGUUCUCGUCAUCACACUCGUAGAUAGUGCGAGCGAGAUGAAUGAUUUAGUGUUUCGAAUAACUUUUUAAUAAAUUUGUGCCGUUUGUUUUAGCGAGCAUUUAUAUUAUUAGGAGUUUAAAUUUAUCAUUAAUCGACUAUACACGUUUUAUAAAAAAUAAAAAAAACACGUAUCGAAUAACGUAAAGGAAAUAUAUAAUCAUGUAUUCAAGUAAAUUUAGACUCCCUGUAGAUAUAUUUAAACAUUAAAUUAAAUCAAUCAGUGUACGAACGUUCUUUUUUCAAAGUUAUUUAUAAAUAUAUCAUAAGUGAUGUGCCGUUGUUUCGGUUAGUCUUGACUAUCAACUAUCAUUAUUAUCAUUACUAAUUUUGAUCUGACAGAUCUGUUUGUAACAAAAUAAAGGGAAGGCUUUAUAAUUAUUUUUUUAAUGUAUGUCAUACGAAAGCGAAGUUCACACAUCUUAUGAUAUCAGUAAAGCGUACAUUUCGCACAAGUUGAUGAGGUGAUGUUUUUUGUAUUGUGUAAUUUUUUUACAUCAACAGGUAAUAUGAAAUUGUUAACUUUUGUUAUAACAUGUUAUGUUUAGUGUUAAGUGUUUAACGAAUCUAUAUUGUAAUAUAACAUGUAUGCCUUUCAUAUAUUUUGUCGUAUGAUGAGAUAUACCUUGUACACAUAUAAGUUUAUUCAAUAAAAUCAGAACCGGCCGUUAUCGAUUGACCGGAUUCAGCGUUUCAAAGUGAGCUCGCUGCCGGACGCAUCCUACGUUGUGGGACAUUUUGCAUGUACGGGCUGAGUAAAUUAUUUACAUUAAAUGAAAUAUAGGAUUUUUGGAAAUGCCAUGUUAUAUGAUGUGGCCAUGAAACAUAUUAUUAAUAUUGAAUUUAUCUAGUACAGGUGAUAUAUGGUAAAUAUUUUGACUGCAUACAUUAUAAAAUCGUAAGUUGACCAGUGAACUUUUGUGUUGAUAAUACCUGAUAACGAUUGCCAUACUUAAUUAUUAAACAAUCAUAGAUCAACGAAGUUUUUGAGCUAAAUGUUUACAUUAAUAUCGGAUGCACAUUUUAGUUUAUCUGAUUUUGACAAAACAAUUUAUAUCGUUGCAUUAUUAUUAAAAUGUGUCUUUUGAACGAUGAUAUGUAAUAUUGUCGUAUAUUUACAAACUGACAAUUAAACUUUUGAUGUGUUUAUAUAAAUCAUAGUUAUUACAUUUUUUUUGCGAUUCAUGAUCACUUCAGAGGUUAAUGUAAAAAAUCCAAAAUUAAAUACUGCUAUUUUGAGCAGCCUGAGGGCCAAUUCUACUAAGUUAUAACGAUUAACAUGCGUUCCCGAUUCUAUUUCGAUUUAACUUUGACUAUUCCUCACAAAAAUAAAUCUCAGCUUUUUCGUAACUGAUGGCGAAUUACUAUUUUUUUUAUAUCGGUUACGAUUACAUUCCCAUCCAACAUUGACUGAACCGCAAAAGGAACGUUUAUAGUAGACUAGGAAAGCGGCUGAACUGCAACGAUUACGCUUCGACUCGAUUUCGAAAAAGUGGCAAUUUGUUCAUAGAAUUGGCGCCCUGGACUUUUAUUGGACAUUAAAUAUUUACAUGACAUUAUAAGUAUGUAUAAUGAGUUUUCAUUUUUAUAAAGUAAAUUAGUUUGUCGACUUUAGAAGUAUAAAAUAUAUAAGUGAAAAAUAAAUAAAAAUGUAUACCAAAUACUCGGUUAGUCUGUCGUUAGAAACACAUAUAUAUAUAUUCUAUAGAGAAAAAAAAUACCAUGUUUAUUGUAAACUAAUGUAGAUAUAAUUAUUUAGUUUUUUAAGCACUAAGUUAGUAACUAUUUAUCUCAUCUUUUUUAUAUGAUAAAGUGAUCUUAACUAAAUAUUAAUCCUAAUUUAAAAAGUCUGCAUUAAUAAUUAUCCAAUAUGAUUAAGAAAUACAGUAGCGAGUUAUAAAAUUUAGUAAGAGAUUAAUGUCCGAUCCAUUAUCCAUUGAAAAUGAAAAUAAAUUAUAAUGACAUUGAGAAGUAGUUGCCUAUCCAACAUUAUUAUUAAAAAAUGAACGCUUAUAAAAGGUUUUUACUAUUUCUGUAAUACAUACAUAACAAUUUCUAUGCCUCGCAAAUUGAAACGUAUUUUAUCAAUUCCGCCCAAUUCAAUAAACUACAUUUUGAGUCCAGUUUCAAUUAUAAUGAUGAAUAUUUUGAAUUCAGAUUAUUAUAAAACAAAAAGCAGAUUGAGGCCGCGAACGGUGACACAAAAGCAGAAAUUUACCAUAUCACACAGACAUUGUAAACAUGUGUGCGUAGGGCUGCAAGAGUAGUUAAAAAAAUCUCACUUUUUUAUUAAAUCGUAUUAUCUCUACAUAAUAUAAAGUAAAGCUUCACACCGUUUUGUACGCUGAGAUCUAGCGACGAAUUUUAAUAUCUGAUGAAAACCAUCAAUCGACAAAGGUAUACAUGAGGAAAGAAGGAAUAUACAUGCAUGUUAUCGUAAAGAAAAGCCGACAAUUACAAUUUUUAAUUAUGUCUAGUCGGAAAAAAUCAAGAUUUUGUUGUUUAAGACUCGUUGUUUCACAGUACAGCUUGUGAAUCCGCUUUUUGAUUUUGUAUUCGCUUUUAUCGUUACCUUAUAAAUUUCCGCGCUCUGUCUGCUUUUUAUUUUAGAAUUUGUGUUACUUAAUAUUAUAUAAUUCGAAUUUAAAGUAAUAAUUUAUUCAUACAGAUAGUUUGACUUUGACAUUAACUUUAGUAUAAAUUCUUGUCUAUUUUAUCUGUUUGCAUAGAAGCGGCAUAUUCGUUUUUAAAAUUUAAUUUUGGCUAAAAUUUAGUGAGGAAACAAUUUCGAAUAAUAUUUAUUGACUUAAACGUAGGACUUAAAUUAUGUUUUCAAAUUUCAACAAUUAAGCGAUUACUUACCGUAUAAUUACCCCGAAUCUAUUAUUUAUGUAUAUUAUAAAUUGUAUUCGUCCUUUGUUAAUAAUAUAAAUAUAAAAAAUAUGAGUUUUAAAUGAAUUCUGAUUAUGUAAUUUCAUUUGCCUGAUUUUAAUGAUUCCCUUAAUUUAAAAUCAAAUAGUAACAUUCCAUUUCAGAUAGGACUGGAUUUCGAAGAUUUAUAGAAUCACAUAAAUAUAUUAAUUAACAACAGAAACUAAACCUAUUGAACAGUACUAAAACGUAGGUCAUAUUUUUGUCAUUUGAAGAGGGCUCGAUUUAAUUUUGACUCCUAUUUAUUUGGUUCUUUAAAGUAAUUGUUUAUAUUUAGGAAAAAUAUUGCCAAUAAAAAAAUACAAAGAAAUUUAACUCGUCACGUAAUAUAAUAAAUUACCCACUGUUGAUUCCUUUAUAAUUACUUAACUAUGCAUAACAAUAACAUUUCUUUACACCGUUAAUAUAUUAUUACCAACCAUUAUUUAAUAUGGUACUUGUUAAAACACGGUUGCGUAGUACAGAGUAAUGUGCGUAGUAAUAUCGGUGCGUUGUUUUGUUACUACAAUAUUAAUAGAAAGUUAAAUAUAAUUAAAAGGUUUAAUGCGUACGUUUAAAAAAAUAUUGACUAUAUAUAUUUUUUUUAGUAAUAAUCUCAAAUUUAUAUUUUAUAUUACCUAAAGCUCAUUACGAAUCGACACAUUUUUAAUAAGCCUUUAAAUUAACAACAUGCUAAUAUCAUUUAAAAAAAUUGAAUAUUUAAUCUUUAGUUUAGGCGGUGUUGGAAUGCAUCUAAAUAUUUAACAGUUAGCAUAAAUGAAUAGCUUGUUUGACAUUUUUCUUAUUUCGCAGUCUGUAAUUAUAUAUAUAAUUAAUUACGUGUAAUUCUUCAGGUAUGAGUGCAAAUUAGCGUUAAGUUCUAAUUUUACUUGAAUCUCUCAAACCUUCGCAUUCCAAAUGAAUUCUUACCUACUGUUUUUUUAGUCAUCUGAAGCUGUUUGCUUAUUAAAAUUUUAAAAAUAAUAACUUACUCCCAGGUAGAUAUACUUUAUAAUAAUUACAUAAUAAAUGUAUUUUAUUCAUCACAAAUAAAUGUGUAAAGCCUAUUUUAUGUUAUGUAA